AGGCUUACGCUUCCGUGACGUAGAUCGCUUGUAUUGAAUUGAAAAAAAUAUUUCUAAACUGCGGAAUCGCUUGCUGCUGACCACGAGCCAGCCAGCAAAUUAAUGAAAAAUAGCGAACAAUGAACGUCUUGGUCACGUGCUUGUUUUUCGCCGGUCUGUCCUACCUGUAUAGCACCGACCUAAUAUCUGUGCUCCGUGUUUAUGUUGCAGAGUGGGUCCUCGGCGCCUCCAUGCCGGAACCAGGAGCUCCGCGGCGGACUCCGCAAGGUGUCCCCUACGCCGACUUGCAGCACAUCGUCAACGCCGACGGACAGCACUUGUUCUGCCGCUACUGGGAGCCAGAGGGCCCCCCAAGGGCUCUGGUGUUCGUGGCCCAUGGGGCAGGGGAGCAUUGUGGGCCUUAUGAUGAGAUCGGCCAGACCCUGAAGGAACAGUCUCUGCUUGUCUUUGCACACGACCAUGUUGGCCAUGGCCAGAGUGAAGGAGACAGGAUGAAUAUUAAGGACUUCCAGGUGUUUGUCAGAGACUCCCUCCAGCACAUUGACCUGAUGAAGGGACGACACCCUGACCUGCCAAUCUUCAUCAUUGGACAUUCUAUGGGUGGAGCCAUUUCCAUUCUGACGGCGUGUGAACGACCUAAUGACUUUGCCGGUGUGGCUCUGAUUGCUCCUAUGGUCAAGAUGAACCCAGAAUCUGCCACACCCUUCAAGGUGUUCCUGGCUAAAGUCCUAAAUCACAUGGUGCCUAGUCUCUCUCUGGGCUCUAUUGAGUCUAAAUGGGUUUCACGGGACCAAAAACAGGUUGAGGCGUAUGACAAUGACGAGUUGAACUAUCACGGUGGGCUGCGUGUGUCAUUUGGCAUGCAGCUGAUGGGCGCGGUGGCGCGGAUCGAGAGGGAGGUCCCUGCCAUCACCUGGCCCUUCCUGCUUCUCCAUGGUGACGACGACAAGCUGUGUGACAUUAGAGGGUCCCAGAUGAUGUUUGACAUGGCCCAGAGCACGGACAAGAAGAUUAAGGUGUACGACGGAGCAUACCACGCCCUGCACCAUGAACUCCCAGAGACGGCGGCAGCGGUGCUGAAGGAAGUCACUGGCUGGAUCUCUGAGCGUCUCGCUGGGUCUCCUUCUCAGGGCUCCUAGUCCCCUCCUCCUCUUCACCCCCCAACCCACUGUAUGACCUAAAUACAUUUGUACUGACAGCAUAUACUCUACUGCUAGCCGACCAGGAGUGAUCAUUUUCAGUACAAAUGUAGUUAAGUGCACCUUACCCCAGCCCUGUGCACGUCAGUCAGACUUAAAACCUCUUGGUCCUCUGGGGAGAAGUGGGGGGUGACAGGUCAGGAGGCCCACAGGAGGUUUCCUUAAGGUCAACUUGUCAGUGACCUUUGACCCCCAUGGCCAAUGUAGGUCCUGAUUUUCUAGGCUCUUCAUUAGGGACAACAGUUGUGCCCCAGCUGCCAGGCAGCAUUUCAUAGUACAUAUAUCAGCCAUGUCUCCCUGUACUGAGUUCAAAGAGAACAAUGCUGAGAGCUAGGCCAGGCGCAAUUCACAGAGGGAUUUCUUUCCUCCUUUGUAAUCACAGUGUUCAAUAGGCCAAUAGAAACAUAUUGAAUUUGCCCAGGCUGAGGUGUUCCCUUUUGUGUGUUGCCAUGGAGACAACUGGCCUUUGUUAUCCCCACUGUAUCUCAAAUCCUUUGUUCAUAGAGUCAAACAUUUUGGACUUGUUUGAACACCCAGCUCCCCAGAUUGCUGCCACUAGUGGUCAUCUAUCAGAACUGCAGGGUAUAGGUGGCUGCAACCCAAGAUGGAGAAGUUGCCCGUUACUAUGGCAACACCUCAGGAAAAACCCUAUUGGGAAAAAAAGGCUGAAUCCAUUAGAGCACCACAGUAUGGUGAGGCAUGCUGUGAAUCAUUAUACAGUACAUGCUGUGAAUCAUUAUACAGUACAUGCUGUGUACAGACAAAGGCGUCACUUCGCUGCAGUUCUUAUAUUGAAAAAGAUGACGGCCUCAAUUCAUCACCUACAACCUCACCAUUUAUCUGUGUUUCUCCAUAUUUGCAUUGCUAACGACUAAUACAGAUUUUAAUGUAUAAGUCGCUCUGGAUAAGAGCGUCUGCUAAAUGACUUAAAUGUAAUGUAAAUGUAAUAAUGUGAAAUAUCCAUGUUACCGAUAUUCCUUUUUUUAAAUGGUGGAAGUUGUUUUGUAAGGGGAAGACUGGUAAAUCUAAUUGUCUGAUGCGUUGAGCAUUUAAUAAAGUGAAAUUCAAUUGACUAGACAUUUGUCAAUAGACCAUUGUUAGUAACUCAACCAAGGGGCCAGGGUUUCUGUCUAGAAGCACGGUUUUGACUACUCCGGCAGUCUUGCUUUGGUACUGCAGUUUAACUGAUACCCGGCCCAGAAAUACAAUUUCCUUAGUUGGCCAUAUAGAAUACCACAGUAUGAGUCAUAAUAGCCAUAAAAUCUAGCGGUCAAGCAAGGAACUGGUUCCAAUCAUUUUUCCACCAUAAAUGUGCCCCCCUGGCAUGACGUUUUAAUAACCGUGUAAAUCUCUCUCGGACAAGGUGACUUUUAUCUAUAUAAAUUCUGUAUUUACCCCCCCAAAAUCAAAUGCUAAUUAGCUGCUAAUGUGGUUAUCAUUAACUACUACAAAUUACCAUGAUGAUCUGGACGAGACAGCUGAAUCGAGGCAAAGGUAAGAAUCUGGAUUAACUAUCUAAGGUGUCAGCUAGAGAUGACGUGCAGGAGCUUGCAGGGAUUUGUAGUCUUGCCGAAUAUAAGUCACCUUGCCCGAGUGAGAUUUACACGGUUAUUGAAACGCCACACCAGGGUAAGCCUACACAAACACAGCCCAUAUUUAAAGUGUUUCUAAAAUCACCUAUGGGAAAUAUGAAUGAUGGAGAAAUUAUUGGAACCAUUUUCCUGUUUGACCACUAGGUUUUAUGGGUAUUAUGACACCUCUACUGUGGGGCUCUAUAGAGAAGUCAGAUUAGAAAAUUCCUAAUAAAAGACACUUUAGUCAUCUUUAUGCACAAAACAUCCAUUUAAUUAUUCAAAUUGUUGCCGAGGCCGUUUUAUUUUCCUUCAUCACUCACAGCCGAAGAAAUUCAGAUGUUAUAUUCAUCCAAUGUCUGCUAUGUGCAUGUGAAGUUGUGCUGUGUAAACCGGAUGUAGCCGUUCCAUGAAUCGGCGAAUGUGAGUAGAUUACAUUGAACACAACAGUCGGACAUCUUGGACAAAGUAAAUCAGCAUUGUGUUUGUGUGAACUGAAUGACCCGUUUUUAAAUAACACACAUUUAAGAACAAUAUGGUGGCAUAUAUUUGAAAAGGGCAGAAUUUGUCUAAUUGUAAAUGUGUUACUCCUGAAACCAGACAUGUUCUUAUCAAUAAAUAUUGAUAAACUGUCAGCUUGCUCAUAACAAAUGUAAUAAUAUGUGAAGGACAUAAGUAUUAUUCUGUUUGCAUCUAUAUAACUACUUUUAUUGAUCUUGUCUACUCUAUUGAUAUGCAUUCUUAAUUUUUAAAGUAAUGUGAUGUGGAACAUAAGGGUUUUAUACUAUAGUCAACUUACUUUUUAUUGAGCGUUCAGAACUAACACCUGAUUUUGAGAAGUAAGAAUCUGAAUGGCCCUUUUUAUGAAGUGUAAUGUAUUUUACUAUGUGAUUCGUGUUCCUUUGUGCUUUAUUCCCAUAACCUGUGUGAAAACAACUUGGGCUCCUUGGUCACUUAAAGACUGACUGAAAAUUGCUGAAGGGCUUAAACUACAUUCUCAUGUGACCCACUAGAACAGUGUUUCCCAACACCGGUCCAACACCGGAUGUUAUGUGUCCCUAGAAAUAAUCAGAAUUGAUGUAAACAUUAGUUUUGAAAACCUAGCUUACCUCAGGUAUUGGUUAAGUUGACCCGCAGGACAGAGUAAGUUAAGCCACCUACACAUUUCUGUACUGAAUUAAUUAUUACCCCUACCUUUUGAAAAACAUGUCUUUAUUUCCCAAACACAAUCACAUUUGUCUAUUAAUCAUAUUUUAACACAGUCUUAACACAUGACAAACACUUUGCACUUUUCAAAAACACUUUGAGGACACGCCUGCGAAGAAAACGCUUCAAUUUGCUCAACUUGCCAUUGGCUAAACAUACCAAGGCAAACAUUUAGACUAUAUUAGCCUACACAGCUACAAGGAUGCACUUUCAUGCAAAGGUUGACCCCAACUGACGUAUAGAACGAUCAAUACAUUAAUUUGACUGUUUUCUGGACCGAACUUGCUUACUACAGUUUCCAUGUGGUUUCUUUCUUCCCAGACUACAUGCAAUUAGGAUCUCUUUCUAAAUAUUUAGUCCAUUCUGUGUAUGGUUUCCUAGAAACAAGGGUGGCUCAAUUUACCCAACUCUCCCCAUAUCAUUUUGUUGUGGGCCUGGACAAGCACACCUGAUUCUACUUGUCAACUAAUCAUCAAGCCCUCAUUGAGCUGAAUGAGGUGUGUUUGUUGUAAAAUGUGUGCUGUUGGGGUACUGGAGGAGCAGAGUUGGGAAACACUGCACUAGAAUCAGCCAUGCCAAACAGCAGUCAGUCUCUAGAGACUGGGGCUUGAGCCGAUCCAACAGUUAUUGCUGAAUCACCUCAUACAGUAGGACAGGUAUCAUCAACUAGAUUCAGCCGCUGGCUCAUUUGAAUUCUUCUUUUCUUCUUGAGCGGAUGGUCAGGGGGGCCGGAAAAUAAUUGCAAAUAAUUUGUAGAUUUUCUGCUCAGCAAACUAGAGGGGGGGGGGGGCAAAUAAAAUCAGACUGGAGACAAAUUUGGCCAGUAGGGGCUCCAUUCAAUCUGUAUCAUUACAAUAAAAAUGUAAAGACAAAGUUCCCAUGUUAUAGCUGACAUGGCAUUCACGGUAAAAGCUGCAGAUGUCGGAACAAUCAGAAACGUUUACAUUUUUAUUGUGCAACUGUAACGCUUCAGCACUACAGAUUGAAUAGAGCCCGAGGUGUUCUCUGGGUCUAAUAGAUACAUACUUUCAAAUAGUUGAGCUGCACUUGAUUUGGCAUGCCCAGUACAAUGGAACCAAUGAAAAGUGCAAAGCACAUCAAAUACAGUAUUUGACCUAGGUCUGGUGCUAUGAUGGUUUUGGUUACGUACAAAAUGUUGAUGAGAGCCUGAUGGAAGAUGUUGGAACAAUGUUUAAUGAUCUGUCCUUUGUAUUCCUCAAACUGAACAUUUUUGUAACACAAACUGCUGUAACAUAUGAUGUUUUGAAAUGACUUGUGACCACUGAGAAACAAGAAACUUACUAAAUAAGCUAAAACCUAUUCAAACAAUGUUCCCAAUAAACCUUGACUGUUGAACUAA